AUGGAUGAUAUUCGUCAAUCAAUUCUAGCAUUAGAUCAUAGUUUAAAAGUGUUAAGUACACAUUAUGAUAGUAAAACAUCAAUUGAAUUAAAAAAUUUAAAUGAACAAAUAAAUACAUUUGAAAAACGUUGGACGAAAUUAAUUGAUAAUCUUGAACAAUGUUCAGCACGUUUAAAAAAAUCUUCUAUAAAUAUUGAAACAAUUGUUAGAAGAAAUAGUAAACCAGAUACUGAUACUAUACAACAAACAAUAAUAACAACAGUUGAAGAAACAACAGUUGAACAACGAAAAAUUCCAAAUGAUAAUACAUUGAAACAAGAUUUUGAUUUAUCAGCUAGAAAAUUCAUUGAUUGGAUAGAUAGUAUUGAAAAAAUAUUAGAUGAUAGACAAUUAAAUAGUAUAAAUCGAAAUGAUGUACAAGAAAUUGUUCAAGAAGUUAAAACUAAAUAUUUAUCAUAUGAUGAUCAAUUUAAAAAUUUAAUGCAAACAGGCAAUAUUAUAACAAAACAACUAAAAGAUGCAAAAUUAGAUUCAAUUGAACAUGAAUCAUCAUUAAAAGCACUUGAACGACGAUGGCAAGAACUUUAUAAACAAAUAAUUAAUUGUGAACGAACAGCUGAACAUUUAGUAGUUACAUCAAAAUUCGAUGAAGAAUUUCAAGCACUUACUAAAGCCAUAAAUGAAUAUAAAGCAUGGAUUGAUUCAAUAUCAUCAACAAGUUCACCAAUAGAAAUACAGGUUAAAUCAAAAAGUUUUCAAUCAUAUAACGAACGUCUUGCAAAUUUACGACGUAUGGCUAAUCGUAUCGAUGCAAAAGCUCUUCAACGAACAGAUGAUUUGUUACGUUCAUGGGAUGAAACACAUUCACGACUACGUGAGCGUAUUAAACGCAUUGAAUCUAUGCAGCAGCCAGCCGGAACUACCGGUUUUGGCGUUAAUUCAUCUCGUCGUACAGGCACAUCAUCAGCAACAAGUCCAAUUCAUACAGACAUGAGUGAACCAUUAUCAUCAGCGACGACUACUGCAUCAAAUACUGGCCCAAUCGCAAAUGAAAGUGGAAAUGUUUUUACUUUAACAAAUAUUUAUACAUUUGGUGAUCAUGGAAAUGUCAAUCCAAAUUCACAAUCAGAUAAAUAUCGUGUAAAAUCUUUUGUUGAAGUAUUUGAUCCAACAUCAGAAUCAAAAAGUGAAUUCGAUCGAAGCUAUAAUGAAACAUAUUCAUCAUCUGUAAAACGAAAAAUACACACGAGUACUCAUGAUACACAUGAUUAUGAUUCAACAAAUUUUCAUCAUCAUUAUAAAACAAUAGAUCCAUCUUUAACAACAUACGUAACAGGUAGUUCAUUUUGUAUUAAAAAAUAA